CAGAGCAUGACGCAACAAAUGCAAAAACAUAAAUAAUUUGAACGCAUCAAUUUCUCUAUAAAAGCCAGAAAUUACACCUCAGGUGUACUCAGAAGCUUCUUGUCUUCUUCUUGAUCUGGCUGCAUUCUACCUUUCUAAGUCAACAUGAAAUUCGUAGUUCUGUUUUGCCUAAUUGCAGCUGUCAGCUGCGAAAUUGAUAUGCAGGUCGAUGCCUCUGGAAAGUAUAAUUUUAAGUACAACACUGAAGACGCCGGAGCCCACAAACGUGAAGAGAGUGGUACUGGUGAUGGUUCAGUUACGGGCAGCUUUAGCUACAUCGAUGCCAAUGGAGAUUUGAGAAAGACAGACUAUAAAGCUGGUCCUGGUAUUGGUUUCCAGCCAUCUGGAGACAUAAGUGUGGACAAAAAAACUGCAGAGAAAGCUGCAGAGCUUGCAGCUCUGGCACCCAAAGCACCAGUCACUGAAUCCGCCGAAGUAAAAAUUCCAGCAUCUCCGUUCACUUUACCUCUGUACGCCAUGCCAGGAAUCCACCACACUGUACCCCUUGCUGCACCCCUAACUUAUGCCUUUCCACAUCAUCUUGCUCUUCCUCUACCAUACGGCGCCCUCCCAUUUCACUGGUAAUGAACGCAAAACUAGCUUGACUGAACACGUAUUUCUGCUGCAUGUCUGUAAAAAAUUAUGACUAACUGUCUGAAAUUAAUGAUAAAAUAAAAACAUUUUAUUGGUGA